AUGGCAGGCACCGAUCCUCCCAACCUGACAUCCCUCUCCCUGACACACGCCCUCUACGACCCAACAGACCCCAUCUCCCACAUUUCAGCUUAUCUCGCCCUGACGCCGCAAUUCUUCGUCUGCAUCUACGUCACACUCAUCUGGGCGACCCGCGAGGUGGAAGUACUGCUGAUGUUCGCCGGCCAAAUGGCUUGCGAAGCCUUGAAUUUCGUUGCCAAGCGACUGCUAAAGGGCGUGCGACCGACAGAGCACAUCGGCAAAGGCUACGGCAUGCCCUCUUCACACGCCCAGUUCGCUGCCUACUUCUGCCUGCACCUCACACUCUUCCUGGUUCUCCGUCACCAAACCUCCCAACAGACCUCAACAUCACACCGCCCGACGAGCAAGAUUGAGCGCCUUGCCCUCUCGAUCCUCGUCUCCUUUGUUGCCUUCCUCGUCGCCACCUCUCGCAUCUACCUCAACUACCACACACCGUUGCAAGUCUGGACCGGGUUUGGCAUUGGACUGGCGUUUGCGGUUUUGUGGUUCGGUUUCACCACUUAUCUGCGCUCCAACGGCUGGGUGGACUGGGCGCUAGAUACCAAGCUGGCGCGUUUAUUUCGGAUGCGGGAUUUGCUGCUGACGGAGGAUCUGCAGGAUGCGGGGUGGGGGCGGUGGGAAGAGCGACGGAAGGCGGGAAAGCGUGAUGCCGGAAGCGUCCCUGCAAAGGCGAUUGGGACCAAGAAGGAGGGCAAGAAGACGAGGUAA